AUGUCGGCUACCGAAGCUUCGCCCUCUCCGGUCGGGACAAGGGACGAUCUACCCGCCCACGAAGAGCCCGACAGCUCAAGUACUCUGCCCUCCCUCCCCGAGGGCCAGAAUGAAAGCUCGAAAGACUUGGAACGAAAAGACGUGAUUAUGGAAGCCGUUGAGGGGGCACAAACCCCUGGUGAGCCCAGCGAUGGCGCAGCCGACUCAACACCCGCCGCUCAACCCCCACCAUCAACCCCGUCCCAAUCCGAUCCGCUUGCGGGACAGAUGGAGAAGCUGUCAGUGUCAGCAAGCGACGCGCCCGAAACUCUACCGUCUUUGCAGGCUAAUACACCUCCCCCGCCUACUCCGCCUGAGAAAGACGAUGCCUACAGACACUCAAACUCUACAACCUCCUCGGGCCCCGCGUUGCAAACAAAUGAGCCAAAUUCGGACCCAAGCUCCGAAAAGGAGCUACCAGAAGUGCCUAGUGAUAGUGAUGCAGAAUUAAGACAAGGGCGUCGAACUGGGCGGGCACGGGAUGAUAACGAUUCCCAGCCAGAGAUCCAGACCAUCUUGGGCCAAUUUCAGGACCUUGAUAGGACCACUGACCAGCAAGAAAUCAUGUCGCCUCGAAUGGAGCUUGCUGAGCAGUUCCGCGGUGGUCAGAACUAUUUUCCGCCUCGCAAAUCUAGUCUCGAUCAUACCAAGCCUCUUCUCUCCGGCUCACCAGGAUCUCACCCGCCGGUGAGCCAAUCCACUCCGGUCUCUCAAUACGUUCAGAUGUCCAUGGGCCCCGAUGAGCCCACUUUGACGCGGCGAUCAUCGGCUUCAACAGUACCGCCGAUGCCAGAGCCCGAGCCUGAUCAGCCGUUCGAUUUCCAUAGGUUUUUAGAACAGCUGCGUCAUCGAACCGCUGACCCCGUGGCCAAGUUUCUACGCUCAUUCCUCAUGGAGUUUGGAAAGAAGCAAUGGAUGGUGCAUGAGCAAGUCAAGAUUAUUAGCGAUUUCUUAGCAUUUAUCACAAAUAAGAUGGCUAUGUGUGAGGUCUGGCGGGAUGUUUCUGACAGCGAAUUCGAUAACGCCAAAGAAGGCAUGGAGAAGCUUGUCAUGAACCGUCUGUAUACGCAGACCUUUGCUCCAGCAAUUCCAGCUCCUCCAAGCAUUCCACGAAGUGUGAGUCGCAGUCGACGAAGAGAAAUUGAGAGGCUUCAUGGGCCAUGGCGGCGAGGUCAGCACCAGGAGGACAUCGAGCGGGAUGACAUCUUGGCGCAGAAGAUCCGCAUUUACAGUUGGGUCAAGGAAGAGCACUUGGAUAUUCCGCCUGUGAGCGGUGGCGGACGCCGUUUCUUAAACUUGGCACAACAAGAGAUUCUGAAGCUUAAUGGCUACCGGGCACCUCGAGAUAAAGUCAUCUGUAUUUUGAAUUGCUGCAAGGUAAUAUUUGGCCUUUUGAAAAAUUCCAAAAAGGCAGACACCUCCGCCGAUUCCUUCAUUCCGCUUUUGAUCUACGUGGUUCUGCAUGCGAACCCCGAUCAUCUCGUUUCAAAUAUUCAAUACAUCCUGCGCUUCCGCAACCAAGAUAAGCUCGGUGGCGAAGCAGGCUACUACCUUUCUUCACUGUCCGGCGCCAUUCAAUUCAUCGAGACAUUGGAUCGCACCAGUCUCACAGUCAGCGAUGAGGAAUUCGAGCGCAACGUCGAACAAGCCGUCUCAGCCAUUGCCGAACAGAAUCGCGAGUCUGAAUCUCUAGCAGACAAAUCCCCACCCCUACCAACAAACCCAGGCCCAUCUCAAUCCCAAGUCGGACCAUCUCGUAGAAACAAAUCUCCGUCUAGCGACGACGACACCUCCGCCCCCGUCGCAGGCCUCUUGCGCACCAUCCAAAAGCCCCUCUCCACUAUCGGCCGCAUCUUCUCCGACGACGGAGAGACCAGUACAUCUCAAGACCGCCCUCUCCAACCCGCCACAACACCCCAACCAGCCGUUGCGCCACCCCGUCUCACGCCUAAUGUCUACCAACCACCGCGUUCCAGCACCGAGAGCCGAAAGUCAAGCGACGAACGCACCAGGCCAUCGCAAGAUGGCAGCGGCGCCCAGAAGAACCUUACCCGUGUUCUGGAUGCACAAGAUGCAGCAGCGCGACAAGCUAGCGCCGAGGAUGCCGAAGCACGGCGCAUCCAGCGCACCGAGCAUGAUAAUGUCGUUGAGACCUUGUCCAAUAUGUUCCCCAAUCUAGACCGCGACGUCAUUGACGAUGUGGUCAAGAUCAAGGAGGGAAGAGUUGGUCUUGCAGUCGACGCCUGUCUCGCUCUUAGUGCGGAAUAG